AUGUAUUUGGCAAAGAGUUCUUCUUCCAUGAUAAAGGAGACAGCUGUCAUUGCUGGCCUUUUCAGUAUUGAGACUCACAGGGUCUGCUUUCUCCUAUUACUGUUUCAGACUACGCUAGCACACAUCAUAGCCAACAACAGCAAAAAGAAUGGCACAAGGUUUGUGACACUGUCAGCCACAAGUGCCAAGACAAAUGAUGUUCGAGAUGUCAUCAGCCAAGCUCAGAAUGAAAGAAGGCUCUUCAAGAGAAAAACUAUCCUCUUUAUUGACGAGAUCCAUCGUUUCAAUAAGUCUCAGCAGGACACUUUCCUUCCUCACGUCGAGUGCGGGACAGUGACCCUGAUAGGAGCGACCACAGAAAACCCUUCCUUCCAAGUCAACGCCGCUCUUCUGAGCCGGUGCCGGGUGAUUGUCCUGGAGAAGCUCUCAGUGGAAGCAAUGGAGGCAAUUCUGAUGCGGGCCGUCAGGUCCUUAGGGGUCCAGGUUUUGGGCCAGGGCGACCAGCACAACAGCUCUGCAACUGGCAGCGGCAGUGAGAGCUCCGAAUUCCCGGUGUUCAUAGAGGCCAAAGCUCUAAACACACUUGCCUACCUUUGCGACGGUGAUGCAAGGACUGGACUGAAUGGACUCCAGUUAGCAGUUCAGGCCAGAUUAGCAGCAGGGAAGACCACUUCUUUGAAUAUUACCAAAGAUGGUUCUGCAGAUGGCAUUCUGAUAACAGAAGAGCACGUAAAGGAAGGGCUCCAGCGAUCCCACAUCCUGUAUGACCGAGCAGGAGAAGAACAUUACAAUUGCAUCUCUGCCCUGCACAAGUCUAUGAGAGGCUCAGAUGAAAAUGCUUCCCUUUACUGGCUUGCUCGAAUGCUUGAAGGUGGUGAGGAUCCGCUUUAUGUGGCAAGGAGGCUGGUGAGGUUUGCAAGUGAAGAUAUAGGACUGGCAGAUCCUCUGGCUUUAACACAAGCAGUUGCUGCUUAUCAAGGCUGUCACUUUAUUGGAAUGCCAGAAUGUGAGGUGAUUCUAGCACAGUGUGUAGUGUACUUUGCCAGAGCACCAAAGUCUAUAGAGGUGUACAGGGCAUAUGGCAACGUCAAAGAAUGUCUGAGGAUGCACACGGGACCUUUGCCACCAGUUCCACUGCACCUGAGAAAUGCCCCAACAAGGCUCAUGAAGAACCUGGGCUAUGGCAAAGGCUACAAAUAUAACCCCAUGUACAAGGAACCUGUAGAGCAGGACUAUCUACCAGAAGAGUUGAAAGGAACAGACUUCUUUAAGGAACAGAAAACGUGACAGCUGUGCUUGGAAUGGGUUUUGAUUCUAUGACUCAUACAUUUCUACUGGGAGAGAAAUUCCCCUAACAGUGUCAGACAUCUGUUACUGUGGUUGAAAGGAUUAAGCCAAUGAGCUUUUGAGAUACUUCUUUAUCCUCCUGGUUUUACUGCUGUUAUUCUGAAGGUAUUUUGUAAAGAGUUGCAGUUAGGCAAUGUAGAAAUGCAAACAUGACCUUUAACCUUAUAGUGCUGUCACUCUGUGGUUCACAUGGAGAAAAAAUGAGAGACUUGUAUAUCUGGCUCUUGCUGGGAGACAAGGAAUAUUACUGUGCUGCUUUUUAAAAUCAGUAUCAAUUUCAGAUUUUGAGAAUGUUUAUUUUCCAAGAAAAUAGUAAUAUGUACCCCCUUUGCUAAAAUACUGUAAACAAAAUAUAAUUGCAAAGUAAUUCUUCCUGUUAUGAUAUUCCAGAGACAAAUUUUGUUCAACAGUUAUUACCAAUAAAGCUGUUAAAAGUAGUGACUGUGUGUUUGUUUAAAUACUCUUGUGACAGCAAUGUAGUAUUGAAAGUUUGAUAUCCCUUUUAUUUUAUUAUACCUACUUUCCAGAGUAAGUUUAAUUCAUUUUGUAAGUAAAAUAGUCAUAAAAAUAGCCAAAUUAUGUUAUUUUUUGAAGUUUUAUCACUUAAAAUUUUAAUUGUAUGAUGACAUUUUGGGAGGGUUUUUUUUAGAGGAGAUUUCUGGUAAUGGAACUCAUUUGUCUAUUUCCAGUUGUGCAUCAAGAAUUUCAUUAGCUUUAAAUUGGAAAGCUGAGAGACACAAAUUGACUUAGUGCUGUUAUAAUACAGAGUUUGGAUUCCUCUUCCUACUGAAAACAUAACAACAUCCAAGAUUGCUAUUGACUGAACAUUUCAGUAAUG